AACUCCCAUCAUGCACUUUACCCGGCAGUACAUCCGCAAUGAAACCGUCGAAUGAACAGUGUGCUUUGGCGAUGGACGGUGAAACUGUGAAGGCGAUAUUGUUUGACUUGGACAACACACUCAUUGAAACAAGUCGGGCAGGUGCAGUGGCGAUACUAAAGACCAGUGAACUUUUGAAGGCCACACUGGCCCUUGAUGACAACACCACCUCCAGCAUUUGUGACAAGUUCAAGCAGAAGCUUUUCCAGGAGAGCUUUGACCCCUCAGCUGGCAGAUCCAUUGAUGAGGUCCGUGUGAGUCACUGGGAGGAGAGCAUCCAGGAGGCUGUUGGCAGCAGUUCCACACCAUCAUUGGCAGCACAGUGCUACUACCUGUGGAAAAAGAGUCGCCUGGAGGUUCUCAGUCUAUCCCCGGAAAUAUGCAACCUCCUGAAACAACUGCGCAGCAGAUAUAAGCUGCUGCUGCUGACCAAUGGGGAAGCUCAGACUCAGAGAGAGAAAGUGGAGGCAGUCAGAUGUGAGGAGUUUUUCGAUGCCAUCGUGAUCGGGGGAGAACAUGCAGAGCAGAAACCAUUCCUCUCCAUCUUCACAUUGUGUUUCAACAUGCUGGAGUUGAAGGCCCAGGACUGUGUGAUGGUGGGAGACUCUCUGGACACAGACAUUCAGGGGGGCUUUAAUGCCAGAGUGCGGGCUACAGUCUGGAUCAGCAGUGCAGCAGGUGCUGCUGAUCCAGAUGGUUCAGUGAAACCAGACUACACUGUCCCGACUGUGCUGGAACUGCCACAUAUUCUGCAACAACUCAAAUAAAGACACCUGCUGAUUGAAACAAGUGAACGAGCAGGACGGUCACUUCAAGUGGGAAUUUAAAUUACAGAAUAUUAAAAGAUGAAUGUAAAUCGAUUUUUUAACAGGGGGUGGGUGCUUUUACUUUUACGCAUUCCUCUCAGGAUUUUACACAUUAUCAUGCUAUGACUACAUGGUGGUUGGCACGUGCAAGUACAUGUACUUGAGUACAUUUGAGAUGCAUGUACUUUAUUUUUUCUCCACUACAUUUAACAGCUAUAGUUACUGUUGUGUUCGGAUCAGGUGCGUCUGUAUUUAUGAUUCCAGAUACUUAAAAGAAAAGAUUGAUAUGUUAAUUCACAUGAUAUAUAAUGUUGGCAGAUGUGGAUUUGGUUUCCCUUUCACUGUCUAUUGUAGUUCUUGUUGUACACCAGUUUGCCAAAAUGCAAAAUAAACUAAAUUAAAGAUGAA